AAAAAGAUUCUGUCAUUAUUUGUAACAAUGAUAUCAACGAUAUUCUUUAUAUUGUUUGUAAAGGACAGGUUAAUGUGGAAAUUGCUGAUUACACGAUGACAAUUUUAAGUCCAGGUGGUGUUUUUGGAUGUUUGUUACCACAUGGAUCAACUAGACAGACUAUUACUGUUACUACAGAUGUUCAUACUACUCUGUUAGGUAUACAAUCAGAUAGAUUCACUAGUUUAUUAGAUUUGGAUCCAAAAUAUUCAGCAAGAAUGAAAAAAUUUGAAAUUCUCCGUUACGAAUUUUUACCCGCAAAGUCAUCACUUGGAUAUCGGUCGACAGUGCAGCGAUAUAAACAUAGGGAAAGUGUUCUAAAAGAAUCAAUUUAUUUAGCGAAGAAAGGAAAAUCAAGACUAAUAAUUCAAAUGAAUGCUACUUGGUACCACAUUUUUAAUCAUAUUGUUGACGUUCACCUAUCCGUUUGGUCAUCAAUAUUAAUAUCUUUGGUCAUCAUUCGAGUGACGCUGUUUGAUUCGAAACGUAUUUUCUACGAAAUCCUUUACUUCGUUGAUAUUAUAUACUGGAUUAAAAUAUUUAUUAAUUUUCAUUUAUCAUAUUACGAAAAAGAAACUGGUAUUUUAAUAACAAACCAUACUUAUAUUGCGAAAAGGUACUUAAAGUCCGUAACUGGUUUUUGGUUGGAUGUUUUUACGUCUUUUCCGUUUGAACUAAUUUUCAUUUAUUUUCAAAACCGGGAUUGGUUCCGGGUUUUUUUUAUCAACAGAAGUUUUAGAUGCGUUUUUAUGUUUUUAUAUUACAAUACAGGGAGGAAACGGCUUACGAUUACCAGAGUACAACGUUGUUUUAACUUAAUGUACAUCUUACUUAUAAUAAUACACUUCAGCACUUGUUUUUGGUGGUUAGUUGCAUGCUCCAAUGAUGGGUGCGUUUUAAAUUAUGGUAAUAAUCAAGAAGGGUUUCAGCAGCUUUAUGUGACCCAACCGGAAUUUGGAUAUCUUUUAUCUUUCCAACACGUUGUAAACAUGUUCACAUCAACCGGAUUUAAUGACAUGUCACCUAAUACUGCAAAGGAAUUAUACGCUAUGAUUGUUAUUAUCAUCGUCGGACAAUUUAUCACCCUCUUUUUAACGAUUGCUUUUGCAAACAUGAUAGUUUUGCAUAAAUUUAUGAUGAGCGAGUAUGAAAGGAUGGCAAAACAUAUUUUACAAUACAUGAGAAUGACGAAUGUUUCUCGUUCAUUAACUACCAAAGUAUGGGGCUACUUCACCGAAUUAUGGGUAAGAUCUUAUGGUUCUUGGUUACCACAAUUAAUUAACGAUUGCCCAAAUCAUUUAAAACAAAAAAUCAUGGCCGAAUUAUACGGGAGAGUUAUAUCGGAUCAUUGUUUGUUUAAAAAGACCCAUAAAGACUUUCAAAGACAAUUAGUGACUUGUGUGGAACCAUAUGAGUUCUUACCCGGGAUGUAUAUUGUAGAAAAAGAUGACAUAGAUGCUUGCAUGUAUUUCCUAAGAGCGGGGGAAAUCUUCGUUUAUGAUAAACAUGGAAAUAAUGAGAUCGAACAAACCAUAUUAGGACCUAACGCAUCUUUUGGUGAAUUACAAGGGAUUUAUGGCAUUCCUCAUGUACGAUCGUACAAAGCACGAUUUCAUUGCCAAAUAUUAAGACUGAAAAAAGAAAAAUGGAUUCAUCUAUUGAAAUGGUUUCCCGCAUCGAAAGAAAGAAUCGAAGAGGCUAUUAAUAAUACUUAUCAUCGCAAUGCCAACGAAGCGUUUGGAGCAUUUUAAUUUAUUAUUAACAAAUUUAUUUUAUUUUAAAUAAUGUAAUAAAAUUUAUUCUCAAUAGAUGGCACCACGUCCAACGAA